AUGGCAACCCAACGAGCCAUCAGACCGCCAAUCUUCGGCAAGAAGCAGGUUUUCUUACCAAACUUCGUCCUCACCCUCCUCCGCACGCCCAGCUCGCCCCCCAACUUCGCCACCUUCCUCGUCCCACUCUCCCUAAACAAGCUUGACCUCCGCGACUACCUCUUCCACGCCUACGGUAUUCGCGUGCAUGGCGUACGCUCCUACAUCCAGAUGAAGAAAAUCACGCAGGACAAGCCGGGCUCGAAGCGGCCGAAGCCUAGGAAGUGGUUCCGGCCGAAGAGUAUUAAGAAGAUGAUGGUGGAGAUGGAGAGGCCGUUUGUGUGGCCAGAGGAGCCGAAGGAGUUUGAUUCGUGGGAUAAAAGCACUUUCGAUGCAGCGAAUAAGGAUCGAACGCAGCACGAAGAAAUGUUCAGACCUGAUUUCAGGGAAAAACCAACGGGAGAAAGGGCUAGUAUGGCGGAACAAGCAAAGGCGCUGUUACAGGGUAAAGAAAGCUGGAGGUCGACGCCGAAGGAGAACGAGUGGGAUAUUAAUGGGGAGGAGGUGGAGGUUGAGACGGAUGUCGAAUUGCCUAAGACCGGGCCAUGA